UCAUGCUGCUGCCAGGUCCAGAGUCUGUCAUGGGUCCCUGUACGGCCUCCCAUUGCUGCUGUCUCCAUCGCCACACUCUGCCAUGUGCCACUUUCAGGUCUCCUCACACUGCUGGUGUGUUCCAUUUUUUGUCAUAGGGUGCUGGCAGAUUACGGGCCUCCCAUAGCUGCUGCCAGGCCCCUAAUCUGCCAUGGGCCCCUAUAUACCGCCUCCUCAUGCUGCUGCCAAGUCCAGAGUCUCUCAUGGGUCCCUGUACGGCCUCCCAUUGCUGCUGUCUCCAUCGCCACACUCUGCCAUGUGCCACUUUCAGGUCUCACACACUGCUGGUGUGUAGAAUUUUUUGAC